AUGCUCAUGGGCCAAGCCCUCGCGUGGCCCAUUUACCUCUUCGGCAACCGUGAGGCCUAUGAUGCCAAGAUAGAUAUCUUGGCCUCACUGAACCUGGGCUGGGUGUACAUCGCCCUCUUCGUGGUCUACUACACCAAGCAGGUGGUGUCCUCCAACGCGUCUCUGGCGCGGAACCACGCCGGCGUGCUGCUGCCGAACCACACGGUGCACAAGGUCAUGGUCUCUGAAGGAAAGCCGCUGCCCUACGCGCUCCUCGAGGAGGAGGGCCCGGUGGGCGCCGCGAACCGCGCGCAGCGGGGCUUCGACAACCUCAUGGAGUACCUGCCCAUGUACUUGGCCUAUUUGCUGGCCAACGGCUUCGUGUAUCCCUUCCCCGCCUUUCUCAAUGCCUGCGUCUUCUUUGUGACGCGGGUGAAGUAUGCCGUGGACUACACCAAGGCCACGGAUGCGCGGGCGGGGGCCUUCGCGCUCUACGGCAUGGCGCAGGCCUGCAUGGAAGGCAUGCUGCUCAUCGCCGGGGUGAAAGCGUUGCUGCGCGCAUAG